AUGCUUCUCACACUCCGAGCUAAGAGCAAACUGGGUUUCGUAUAUGGAACCUGUAAGAAAAGUGAUUAUAGAAGCGAUUUAGAAGAGCAUUGGGAGAAAUGUAAUGCUUUCGUUUUGUCUUGGAUUUUCAAUUUUAUGUCAAAGGAGCUCAUGAGUGGGAUUGUGUAUGCUACAGAUGCAACAAUUGUUUGGGCUGAUUUGAAGGAGAGAUUCAACAAAGUUGAUGGAUCAAGACGUUAUCAAUUGUAUAGGAAAAUUUGUACAAUUUCUCAAGGUACUUCAUAUGUAUCUGCUUAUUUUACCAGAUUGCGUGUACUCUGGGAUGAGUUUGACGCACUUAUUCCUCCACCUUCUUGUGGUUGUGAUAAGUCGAAGGUGUAUGCUAGUCAUUUGCAGUAUAUGCGUCUGUUUGCUUUCUUAAUCGGAUUGAAUGAGUCCUAUAGCCAACAAAGGAGUCAAAUACUGAUGAUGAUACCUUUACCAUCCCUGAAUAAAGCCUACUCAAUGAUUAUUGAUGAUGAAAGUCAGAGAAUGACAACAAGUUCAUAUUCAGGAACUGAAUUGGGUGAAUCAUCGACUGCUCUCUAUGUAGGAAGUUCAAGCUCUAGGAGAUCUAACUAUAAUUCACAAAAUACUAAUCUAGGAAGUAGUGGUUAUGGUAGUUAUCAACAAGCUGGGAAUAAUGUCGAUUACAACAGUCAUGAUGCUUCUCAAAGGAACAAAAGGAACUAUAACUUGCAAUGUGAGAGUAGUUGGGUACCCUCUGGUCAUCCUAAGUUCAGGAAGAAGUCUGGUGGGACAAGGAUGGCACAUGCUGUUGAUUGUGAUGAUCCUUUUAGUGCAGUUGUGCAAGGCCAAUGUAUGCAGAACAUGCAACAUCUCAUGGAGCAGCCUGCAUCUACAAAGGAGCAGUAUAGUUAG